GUUCCUGCGUGCUGUAGUCUUAGACCCUGUCCUGCUGCCCACUUCCUGAGCCAUGUUCCUGAUCAUUGGUGUGCUCCUGCCUUUAUAGUCCUAUUUCCUGGAUCUGGCUUUGUAUUAUCUUGUUUCCUGGUUGAAAUCAGCCACUUCUGCUUUUGUUUCAGUUGUAGGAGCUUCUUGUUCCAGGGUAUGACUUGCAUUACAGGCUCCCUAAUUUCAAAGCCCUCAGACUGGCUUCUGGCUCCACUCCUUUUGCCUUGCCCAUUUAGAUCUGUGGAUCUCUUUGUACCUCAGUUGGCACUGACUUAGGCUUUUUUAUGUUAUUCCAGUGCUACUUCUGCCUUGUCUAUACCCAACAGAUGCUUUCCAGUCUCAGCUGAGUUGCCCUGAAGGGGUUCAUGAAAGUAUGCUGAGAAGAAAGAUGCCUCAGGCUGCAGUCAGACAUGGCUGCUGACCCUUAGGAAGAGCAGAUUGCAUCUUGCUGUGUGCUGUGGUGCCCUCUGAGGAGAGAAUGACACCCCUUCAGAAAGCUCUGUGUGAAUACUCAAACUGCUUACUACUCCUACCUGCCAGUAACAUUGCAAUGAGACGAGACGUCCAAGAGGGCCAGGCUCGAUGCUUAUCUCAUCUAGGAAGGCACAAGGAGGCUCUGGAUAUUGCAGAAAAAAUGAGAAACAGCGCUACUAACACAGAUCACUUAACGAUGGUUCUCAACCUGCAGUUUGCCAUUUACCAGGGUCUGGGAAAUGUAGGAAAAAAGAUCAUGUGUUUGCAGCAACUGAUCUGCUUGCAUCCCUUCAACCCUUGGUACUGGAAGUUACUUGCUGAAGCUUAUAUGAGCCUUCUGCAGAGUUCAUCUCCAUUAGUCAUUCCAGAAACAAAUCUAAAUCGGUCUGAAGAGGUUAAUGUAAGUGACAGUAGUUUCAAAACAUCAACCAGAAGAGAGGUUAGUUUGCAGCCUCACAGAGCAGACGGCCAGAAAGAAGGUCCUUGGUCUGGCCUUGCUGCAGAAACAAAGAGGGAGAAUGCAGUGGCUUGUAGCAGCAGCCAAGCUGUAAAAGAAUUCCUCUGCACUUUGGAAGAACUGGAAAGGACAGACAAAGGGGAAAGCACAGCCUUCAAGUCCUGGGAGCAGAACGUGUUGGAGAAAGUAAGGAUAAAGGCAUGUGCCUCCUUUAUUAGAGCAAGACUUCUACUUCAGCUUACCCAGUUGCAACAGUCGUCCUUUGUACUAGAGCAUAACAUAAAAGGUCAAAAAGAAGUGGAUGACCAAGUGGCACAACUUGGUUUCAAUGAAAACUCCUUGCUGCUGAUGACCAAGGUUAUGGGGCAGGAUCUUAUACCAGAAAAGCUAAAAGAGGAAUUUCAGGGUGAGGUGAAAUGCAUCGGCCCUUCAGCACUGUCAUCAUUGGUAACUGCAUCAGCCACAGAAUUUGAAAGCAAAUGGUUUGGUAAUCUCCAAGAUAAUUUAUGUCACUUUGACAGACAAUUCUGGCCAGAUAAGAAUCUCCCACCUUCAGUAACUUAAAAGUCUUGUUGUGUUUAUUCUCAUCUCUCCACAUGACUAUGGAAUUCUAUCUACAAUAAAGCUCAUAUUA